AAGAAUAUUAAGAUUAGAAUAUUGUCAAUUCCACACUCCUGUUAGAGCACAACUAGAAAGCGUUCAAAACUUCUCUUUGCUAUUUCGUUCUAAAGAGAUGAAGAUAUUCAGGUAGGGUAAUAGAUGCAAGGUUUGGUUUUUAUUUUUAUGCAUAUAUUACAUAGCUGUAGAAAAAAGCAAGGGAGAAAGAGAAACUCCUACCUGUGUGUGUGUGUGUGUCCGUGUGCUGUGCAUGUGUGUUGUGGUUGUAUAAGCAGGAGACUCUUCAGACUCAGCUCAGCAGCAGUGGAGACAAUGGUGCCAGACAGCAGGGACCAACCACAGAGGGCAGCUCCCACUCUAUAAAACCCAGAUCCAAGCCGACAGAGUUCACACAGCCUGGGGAAUCAGCUGCAUUCAGAUUCACACCUAUCGCUGGAACUCAAAGAAAGAUUCAGCUCUUCAGGCUUUAGCAGUCAAUGGAGAGAAAUAGCACCUACCUCCACAUCCUGGUGGAUGACUCUGUGCUGGACAAUGCCCAGACAUUCAAGACAGAAGAUGGAGACUCCAACAAGACUGUCCUCCAAACUCGAGAUGAAGAGCUUGCCAAGGCAGAGAUUGGGGUCCUGGGUGCUAUCCUGGUGGUCACCAUGGUGGGGAACUUGGGUGUCCUUGUGGCCAUGUACCGGUUGAGGAAGAAGAUGAGCCGCAUGCACCUUUUCAUCUUGCACCUGGGCCUGACUGACCUUGGGGUGGCACUCUUCCAGGUGCUCCCCCAGAUGAUUUGGGAGGUGACCUAUCGUUUCCAGGGGCCUGAUCCACUUUGCCGGGCUGUCAAGUAUCUGCAGGUGCUGAGCAUGUUUGCCUCCACCUACAUGCUCAUUGCCAUGACUCUGGAUCGCUACAUGGCAGUGUGCUACCCGCUGCGCACCCUACAGCAGCCCAGCUGCCAGGCUUACCUGAUGAUUGGCGUCACUUGGUUGCUCAGCUGCUUGCUCAGCCUGCCACAGCUCUUCAUCUUCUCCGUGAGGGAAGUGCGUCAAGGCUCAGGUGUGCUGGAUUGUUGGGCAGAAUUCAAGUACCCUUGGGGGGCCAAAGCCUACAUCACAUGGAUGACCUUGUGUGUCUUUGUGCUGCCUGUGGCCAUCCUCACAGUUUGCUACAGUCUCAUCUGCCACAAGAUCUGCAAGAAUCUUCGAGGAAAGACUCAGAGUUGUGGUCCCUGUGCUGCUGCUGCUUCCCAUGCAGCCACAGCUCAGAAGGGAGCAGAGGGCCAUUCUGGCUCCCGGGUAAGCAGUGUGCGCACCAUUUCACGUGCAAAGAUCCGCACAGUGAAGAUGACCUUUGUCAUAGUGUUGGCCUACAUUGCCUGCUGGGCACCCUUCUUCAGUGUGCAGAUGUGGUCGGUAUGGGACAAGAAUGCACCAGAUGAUGAGUCCAGCAAUGUGAUGUUCACCAUCACGAUGUUGCUGGCCAGCCUCAGCAGCUGCUGCAACCCCUGGAUUUAUAUGUUCUUCAGUGGGCAUCUUCUCCAUGAUAUCCUGCACUUUUUCUCCUGCUGUGGGAGCCUCCACACCAACCUCAAGAGGCAGUUCUCCAACGGGAGUCUUUGCAGCCGCAAAACCACCAUCUUGACACACAGCCCCCAGAGCACCUUGGCUGCUGCCGGUGUCAGAAUUCAGAUGCAGCUGGGGAACUUGAAAGAUUUCUACCAGCCCUAUGAGGACACAGUGAAUGAAUCGGGGAUACUCUAAUAUGGAAACGUGGGCCACAGAGGUGUUAGUGGCUGGUGAUUAUUCUGUGCCUGUAACCUAGACCUUUGAACAUGCAUGGAGGGCAUGGAACAUGAUGAUCAUAUCAUGUAUGGAAUUGACAAAAGUCUCUCCACCCACAAGACCAUUAUUUUGCAGAAACCUGAGCAUUUAGUUGGAAAUCCUAUCUGUAUCCAACAUUAUUGAAGUGCUUUGCUGCAGUCAGAAACAGCAUUUGUAGCUUUGCCUCCUAAAUUAGGCCUGGUCCAUUUCUGUUUCAAUACUCUUUUAGGAAGCAAGUUGAUUAGUAGUAAGCUGACAUCUCACAUCAGUGGCUCCCAAAUUAUUUGUAGAAAGAACCCAUCAGUAGAAUUGUGAUUUGGAACAGAAUAGAACUGUAGAGGCUUGCCUGGAAAAAACAUCCCUUGACCUGGAAAAAUAGUGGUCUUAGUGGACAGAAUAAGAGGGUUCCUCCACCUUCAAGCACUGCAUAAAAGGGAACUGUCUUUUCACUGCUGCUUUUUAAAAAUUAUUAUUAUUAUUAUUACAUUUCUAUCCCGCUCUUCCUCCAAGGAGCCCAGAGCGGUGUACUACAUACAGUACUUGAGUUUCUCUUUCACAACAACCCUGUGAAGUAGGUUAGGCUGAGAGAGAAGUGACUGGCCCAGAGUCACCCAGCUAGUAUCAUGGCUGAAUGGGGAUUUGAACUCGGGUCUCCCUGGUCCUAGUCCAUCACUCUAACCACUACACCACGCUGUCAUAGUUUCUCUCUAUGAUAAGAAAAGCUGCAUCUUGUGACAUUGUCCCUUCUGUGCAACACUGAAAGGAUAAGAGUCCACAGAUCUCAGUCAUAAUUUAGGAAUUACUAGAUUAGGGCAUGAUGAUCCAGCCAAAUAUAAGCAUUUAGAACAAUGGUGCAGACAGAAGGAAAGCUUGAAAACUCCAUCACUUAAUCCCGCCCCCCCCGGGUGGCGGGCAGGAGGGAAUAUGUUUUAGGGAUUGAAGAGAGUGAGUCAUUCAGUCUUGUGGUAACAAGCAUGAAUUGUCCCCUUUGCUAAGCAGAGUCUGCCUUGAUUUGCAUUGGGAUGGGAUGAAUUUGGAUGCAAGUGCUGUAAGACAUUCUCCUCAAGGGACGGGGCCACAACUCAGUGGCCGAUCAUCUGCUUGCAUGCAGAAGGUCCCAGGCUCACUCUCUGGCAUCUCCAGGUAGGGCUGGGGAGACUCCUGCUUGAAGCCUUGGAGAGCCGCUGCCAGUCAAUUGAGACAAUAUUGAGCUAGAUGGACUAAUAGCCUACCUUGGUAUAAGGCAGCUUCCUAUGUUCCUAAGAUAGGGGUUAAUAAGUUGGGAAGAGGCAGUAACAUGAGGAGGGGGGACUCCUCAAAUGCUUCGGGUGGGGGGAACUGCACAGCUCUGGAUGAAUCAUGCCUCUAGGUAAAUAUGUCACACUCCUACCUCUUCAAUACAGUGGUAGAUGAAUAACCAAUUACUAUCUUGGUCGAUGUUGGGGAUGGAUUGCUAGAAACAAGUAUGACAACUAUGACUUGCUUGAGAAACUGGAGGCUGCAGUGGCUUGAAAAACAGACUGCAAGUCAGGGCUUUGGUGUUUGUGGUGGCCCCUCCGUCUGCCUACCUAGGAUUGCUAGGUCCAGGCCUGAAGGCUCCGGGGCAGUGAGGUGGUAUGCAUGGUGGAAACAUCUCCUAGGACAUUGGAAAGGAAGAGUUAAACUCAUGCAAACUGUGUGUGUGUGUGUGUGCACACAUGCACUUAUGUGCCAUUCUCAUUCUUUCUCCGCCCACACAAAAUUAACUAGCAUAGCAAAAAUCAGGAGAAAAAGAGAGAGAAAUGUCUGAGAGACUGACAGCCAUACUUUGAACAUUACAUUAACCUCAAAACCAGGCAGUAUCUGGUAUAAUAACUAAUGUUGUUUCUAAACAGGGCCAGCCCGCCCACCCCUACCUUUUUCCUGCCCUAAGAGAAUUAUGCCCCCCACCCAUGUUGUCUUCUAUGCUUACUAAACAGCAUGACAUCUGCACAUUACAUUAUCAAGAGCUAGCCUUGAAUCUUUUUUUUUCGUUUUCAUUUUUAAUGUCUGUCAAUUCUUCUUUACCUCCUCCCUUUUACAACUGUAUCUGUGUCUUGGGUAGCCAAUGGGGAACAGAAGACUCUCAGAAUUGUCCCCUGGAUUGCAGGGGAUAGCAAAUCCAGCUGUCAAGCUGACCAGCUGCCUUUUUUUACUUCCUCUGAAAGCGCAGACAGUGGCAGUAUCCCCCUUUUACUCUCCAAGAUAUUGAGAUAGCAGAAGUGAGCAACCACCCCUGCUCCUUUGGUACUCUCUCAGUGGGUGGCCCUGGUUCUAAGCUAAUCACUAGGCUGGAAGAAACCAGUCAUGUUGAGAGUCCACUGAAGCCAAACAUCUGAGCAGUCGAAUAGUAUGGAAGAACUUCAAGAGUUGGUAUUCUGAAGCCACAAAAUAGAGUUCUGUUUGUUUUUAAACAAGGCUGGAUAAACAUAUCUGUAGUUUAUUAGCUUCAACUGACUCAGCUUCAUUCCCAGGAGAAGAACUCAACAAAUUCUUGCCACAUCCGCAACCUUGUGAGUCAUCCUAUAGUACUGCAAUUUAGCUUGGACAAAAAGGAUAACAUACUAUGAAGUUCUGACUGAAUCAGGCUAGUCAUCUCUAACAUUCUCUUGUUCCCAUGUUAUGUAUGCUCUAGCACAUGUGAAUCCCAACUGAAAAUACAGUGGAUUAAUUGAUGUAAUAACAAUAGUAAGUUGUUGUUAAUUAUCCUUGUUUCAAGAAUAUGACUCUUGAUAUGUAUUUAAUUAGAAUUUUUUCCUAUGAAAGUGUGUUCCGUGCUGAUAAUAUUGUAAACAAUCCAUGUUCCAUCUUUUUUUUCAAGUUAUGCUUUUUCAGAUAAUUUCCUAAAUCAUUAUAUUUCUGUGUUGUAUUCAAGGAAAUCUUCAUUAUAUAUGCUCAAAAAAUCACCUGCAAUGAAAUACUGUAAUAAAACU